CUUCCUUUAUUGUUCUCACCUCAUCAUGAAUUAGAAUGCAAUGCAGGAGCAGCAUGACAGAUCUUGCCCACUGAGCCACUAAAGGAAAAGAAAUUACAAAAUUUUUAAAUGAAAAAUCAUGAAUAAGUAAAGCAAGAGACUAUUUCUCUCUGACAUAGCAGCCUGCCCUCACUGCCCUGCAUUCUCAGAGGGAGAUGGAGACAGAGACAGAGGAAUGAAGAAGCCCAAUGGAAUCCACUCACUGAUAAACAACCAAAGGUCAUUAGUUUCUGUAACAUAAGCUUCUAAUGAGACACAUCAUCAUCACUGAAUCCCCUGUGCCCAGCUCAGAAAGCUCAAGCACAACAAGUGUUCAAUAGUUUAAGUAAAAGAGUUGAAUAGUAAAAUCUGUUCUUGGCAACAUAAAAAUUAUGUGCCUACUAAAGGUGAAAUGAUUGCAGUUGGGUAAUUCCUCCACCUCCUUAGACAAAAGAAAUGUUUGCUCUCAGCACCUGAGGGCUGUUGACAUUUUUGAUACCUGGGGACUAAGUCAGGAGAGCAGGAGGUCACCACUGAGGACUGAGGUCCUUCAUGCAAACACUCUAGGAGCCAGGGUGACGGUCCUGAAGGAUAAAUUAUUUUGCCAACACAGAAAUAAGCCCCUCCACAGAAAAGAAAUCCUCAGGAUUGAAGUCCUCAGGAUGUGGUGAGCCUGCCCUCAGUUCUUGAGUCCAGGGGAGUUCAGGAUGAGGCCUCUGUCACUGUGGAGGAGCUAUGAUGUGUACUAGACGUGAUAUGUACCUUGUGAGUGGGGUGGUGCUGGGAAAAUAAAUUAUCUUGGAUUUGAAUCUCCAUACCCAUCUGCUCCUGAAAAGAACCAGGAUUCCUACUGGGGGUGUUGGCACAGCCUGAGGGGCACUAUAGGCCUCCAGGAAUAAAAUGGUAGAAAGAAAGGAGAAUGUCUCUGCUAGUCAUAACCUUGUGGGCCCAAUGAAGUAUAACCACAUGGACCUGCAUGAAUGAGUUCUAGAAGGAAGAGAAACAUCAGAGAAGCUCAUUCACUCAUAAUCAUCGGCCUCUGCUGUGAAUCAAACAUUAAAUGAAACCCAGUGCUUGGUUCUAAGGAACUUAAUUGCCAAUGGUGGUCUGGUAAAUCCCUUAACUAAUACAGAGACCUUUAGGGCUGAGGGAGCCUGCCCUCCUAUGUAAAGUGAGGAGGACAAAAUGGAGCCUAACAUCAAGGCUAAAAAUGUGCCCUAGACAGAGAAGAACAAUAUUUGAAAAAAGAGUGUGUGUGUGGAGUAUUUACAUACUCACAUCACUUCUGACUUUAGGACAAAGACCUUUCUCAUUUGAUUGAUGAGUAUCCAUUCAGAUUGGCACAUCUGAAGUUUACUGGGAAAAUUAAACUUCUAUUGCAAAACUAAUAGUUUGGAUUGAUGACGUCUUCUUAGACCAUAUAGAGAAUACAUAAAUGAAAACAAAAAAGGAAGUAAAACUGGAGAGAAAUGUUUAGAAGACGAAAAUUAUUGUGUUCCCUAUUUAAUGGCCAUGCUUGGAAAGAAUGUCAUCAGAGAACCUCGGGUCCAAGGUUCAGAGACAUCCAGCUCAGCCAGGCCAGCAGCACCCUCGUUUUCCCCAUGGCCCUCCUGCCCUCUCUCUUGACGGCCCUGGUGGUGAUCAGUUAUGGCCCUGGUGGAGCUCUGGGCUGUGACCUGCCUCACAGCCACAUCCUGGUUAGCAGGAAGAACUUCGUGCUUCUGGGCCAAAUGAGGAGAAUCUCCUCCACAGUCUGUCUGAAGGACAGAAAAGACUUCAGGUUCCCCCAGGACAUGGCGGAUGGCAGGCAGUUCCCAGAGGCCCAGGCCGCGUCUGUCCUCCACGAGAUGCUCCAGCAGAUCUUCAGCCUCUUCCACACAGAGCGCUCGUCUGCUGCCUGGAACACGACCCUCCUGGACGAACUCUGCACGGGACUCCUUCGGCAGCUGGAAGACCUGGACACCUGUUUGGAGCAGGAGAUGGGAGAGGAAGAAUCCGCCCUGGGAACUGUGCGCCCUACACUGGCCCUGAAGAGGUACUUCCGGGGGAUCCAUCUCUACCUGAAAGAGAAGAAAUACAGUGACUGUGCCUGGGAGAUUGUCCGAAUGGAAAUCAUGAGAUCCUUCUCUUCAUCAGCAAACCUGCAAGAAAGGUUAGGAAUGAAGGAUGGAGACCUGGAGUCACCUUGA